CCUUUUGCUUUGCUAGUUGAACAGAUUUCGGUACAAGCUAGCGGCACACUAGACUCGUAAAGCCUCGGAAAGAUGCUCCUCCGGCGGACCAAACCUGUCCAACACACGGCAAUAAGUUCACGGAAACUUUGUCCGACUGUGUCCCAACUUGACUAAGGAGGCAGCCCCCCCAACGGUUUUCAACGCGACACUUUCGAGGGGGGGCGGGGGGGUGCUAGCAUUGUUUAAUCGCUCCGUAGUAUUCCAGUUGAGGGCGACUCGUCUUUCGUUUCUCUCUCAUUUUCUUUCGCCUUUAAAAAAUUAUAUUUUUCCAAUUUCCCGGAGCUAGCCCUUCGCUGAUGAAUUCACCGAAAAAGGACGGAGAUGAUGAUGUGCCCGUUAAAGACGCGAUAAAAUACGGCGAACUGGUCAUUUUGGGGUACAAUGGCUCCCUUCCCAGCGGCGACCGCGGGCGCCGAAAGAGCCGCUUUGCGCUGUACCGACGCGCCAAGGCCAACGGCGUCAAGCCCAGCGCCGUGCACAUCCUCAACACACCGCAGGACAGCAAGGCUGUGCACAGCAGGGGGCAGCACAGCAUCUCUUUCACGCUGUCCCGCAACCAGACAGUGGUGGUGGAGUAUUGCCAUGACAACAACACUGACAUGUUCCAGAUUGGGCGAUCCACAGAGAGUCCUAUUGACUUUGUGGUGACGGACACCUCCGGGGGCGCUAAGGAAGGCGAGGACCCCUCCAUAGCCCCUAGCACCAUCUCACGUUUUGCCUGCCGCGUGGUGUGUGAGCGCCACCCACCGUACACAGCACGCAUCUACGCCGCCGGCUUUGAUUCCUCCAAAAAUAUCUUCUUAGGGGAGAAGGCAACCAAGUGGAAGAACCCAGACGGCCACAUGGACGGCCUGACCACCAACGGCGUGCUGGUCAUGCACCCCGAGGGCUUCCCGGAGGACCCCAAGCAGGGUAUAUGGCGAGAGAUCUCGGUGUGCGGCGACGUCUACGCGCUGCGGGAGACUCGCUCUGGGCCCAGCCGAGGCAAACUCGCGGAAGGUGAGAGCAGCGCGCUACGUGACGGCUCACUCGUGGACCUGUGCGGCGCCACCCUGCUGUGGCGCACGGGCGAGGGCCUCAUGCGCGCUCCCACCCUGCGCCACCUGGAGGCGCUUCGGCAGGAGCUGAAUGCGUCGCGGCCCCAGUGUCCCGUGGGUCUCAGCACGCUGGCCUUUCCCAGUCUGCCGCGCAGCCACAGCCUUGAAGAACGUCAGCCCUGGGUCUACCUCACCUGCGGCCACGUCCACGGACGCCACGACUGGGGCCAGAGGUCCGAGGCGGGCGAGGAGGAGCCCUUGGAGGGCGAGGGCUCCACAACGCGGCGGGAAUGUCCCCUGUGCCGUAGCGUGGGCCCCUACGUGCCCUUGUGGCUGGGCUGCGAGCCGGCCGUGUACGUGGACGCCGGCGCCCCCACGUACGGCUUUGUGCCGUGCGGCCACGUGUGCUCGGAGAAAACGAGCAGGUACUGGGCGGACACCCCGCUGCCCCACGGGACGCACGCCUUCAGACCCGUGUGCCCCUUCUGCUCCGCCGCCCUCAGCACCCCCGGGUGGACACGGCUCAUCUUCCAGGGUCCCAUCGACUAGCCGCAACACGAAGCUCCUGUCCUGUCUACCCCUUUGAUUUUGUUUAUUUUUAAUAUUUUUUAAAAAAAUGUAUGCUGCAGCUCCUACCCUUAUUUCUCCUUCAGGGCUUGGGUGAUGGAUUGAGGAUCUGGAUUUCAGGCAACUAAAUGAAAAGUAACUGAAUGAUCGAUACGCUCAUUGAUUACCGCGGAAGUCUCCGCAGUUACUCUGCUCGUUUUCAUCCCACACAAACCUGACAAAGAAAAAAAAUGUUUUAAAAUGUCGUGUUUUAUAUAGCAGUGUAACCAGACAUCAAUGCUCACAUGAUGCUUUUUAGUGCGUCGCUUUUUGUGGAAGGAAAGCCAGCGGACAUGGUUUUGAUUCACACAAUGGGGUGGGGGUCCUCUGUUUAAGACGGCGGUCCUUUCCUACGGAGUGACGUAACCCACAAUUUGUUAAGUCUGAAGGGUACAAUAACGUAGUGGUAAUGUAAUUAAUUCUUCAUUCUUAUUAUUCCCCCAAUUUUUGACGCAAUUUAUACCUACAUGGUUUCCAACCUAUCCAAGCCAUUCACGUGUUCAAAAUAUUCAGCUCAUUCAGGACAUCCUGGGAACUAUUUUUCACAUUCCCAGAGUUUCUACAUUUGACUAGAAGUCCCCAUUUUCCACAAGAAAAUGAAAUCAUUCAAAUUAAUGGAGAGAGUUGACAAAUUCACCACUUCUCCUUCGAUUCAAAGUUUCCCAAAUCAGUGGAAAGAUUUCACAGUCACCUGAAAUUUACCUUUUUUUUUUUUUAACCAACUCAGAUCAGUCUAACUUCCAUAUUUUUAACAUUCUCCCAAAAAAAUAUUUUUUUUGUUUUUGUUUUUUUGUUUAGAAGUCCAUGUUUUCCAUUAGAAAUGAUUGGAUAAAUUUUACACAUUGACUUGUAGCCUAUAAUGCAUCACUCUCGAAACCUCAUGUCAGGACCGUCGUAAGCUGAGGCCCCUUUGUAUACACCUGGACCAGAUCCUAAAUCCAUCAUCAAGCAGCUUGAGUAUAAACAAGGGCUUGGACUCCCAACAAACUAGGUAAGAUCCACUUUCCACACACACACACACACACACCAACCUCCCUAAAGCAAUAACACCACUCGCUCAUGUAUAAGCUAAGAUUUCACGCUAGGUUUUAGCUAAGCGCUAGACUAGCGGCGGUCGCCUUGAACAUGGCUGUAACUUUUUUUUUUUUUUUUUUUUUCCCCCCCCUUAGUUUUUGUUUUGUCACAGAUUCAGAGGUCAACCAGAGGUGUGUUUCACCAAACGAUUAGAUAGUUCUUGGGCUGAAUUAUUUUUUGUUUGUGAAAGUAUGUGUGGUUUUGCCUGUUAGUUUCCAAUGAUUAUGGCAAAAAAAAAUGUGAACAUCUGAAAAUGGAUAUGAAAGGUUUUUUUUACUUCUUCUGAAUGCUGAAAACAUUUGGAAAGAGAAAAUUUGUGUGCAGUAUGUGCUAGUAAUGCCAACAAUGGCAGACCACAGCCGGACUUUGCGCUUACAACCCCUUUUACUAUGCCACGAAAUGUGCCCAAUUGAGUCACAUUACUUAAAAACAUCAGAUACGCAACGUUUCAAAUGAGUUAAAACAUUUUAUGCACAGUGUACCCUCGCUAUUUUCCACAGUUUAGAAUCAAGCCCCGAUGUGAAAAGCAGGAAUUUGGGAAUAGUAAUGAACACUCUCCCUCCAAGAAUUAUAUUGCCCAUAAUUAUUGUUUAAACUCUGAAUAAACCAAAAACUAUUAUCCCACUUGAAUAUAAUUUAAAAUUAAUUCCAAAACAUUACCCUUAAAAGUAAAUGGCAUACAGAUGAUCUGAGUUAAAAAAAAAAAAGAAAAUGUAGGGUGGGCAAUAAGUGCCUUUUUCAUGUUCUACAGAAACAUUUGGGAGCAUGUGAGUUUGCAAAUCAGCAAGGGUUUAAUGAACUGUCAAAAGCAUAUCACUAGUCAUGAUGUCCACUCUCCAGAGGCUGAGCUGCAUUGUAGUUGUUUACGGCGUAGACCUUUGGCCUUAGCGCAAGGAAGUAGUAACAGUUCCUGUCCUUGACCUAAAAUGUUCUGUGUGGGCACGCAGUACCAUCGCUACACCCUACCGAAAAAUCCGUAUACCGAUCCAUAUAUACCACUACACCCCGGUUAACGCCAACACACUUGUGGUUUCUCCGCAAAUGCUAAUAGGGACUUUUUAAAGUCUUUGAGCGUGUCGGUGUAUGCUAAGGUUUGACCUAGCAUAACUCAAAUUGGAAGACCUCCUUUUUAUUUUAUUUUAUUUUUUAAAAUUAUUUUUGUGUGUGUGUGCGCGUGUCAAGGAAAAGUUAUUUUGUAAGGAAAUGUGGUUCCGUGUUUUAAAAAUAAAAAAAUAAAAAAUAAAUAAAAAAUAUAUAUAUAUAUAUAUAUAAAUAUAUACUAUUUUUCUAUCUGAUUUAGUUGUUAAACUCAGUAAAAGUUCAGCGUACGUUCUGGGAUGUGUUAGACGUAGAAGAGCCCAUGAGUGUGAAAAUAUUGCCAACACUGUGUCUCGCUCUCUGUCUCUCUCUCUCUCUCUCACACACACACACACACACACACGUUGACACAGUGCUACCGUUGCUCGGACUUUGAAUGUAGCCGACCAUACAAGGCUAUGUGUUUAUUAGCCUCUCCCUGGUGCUCAUAUUGAAUGGUCUAUAUUGUGAUACUAUUUUUGUAAGUGAAUAUGAUAGUGCACGCCCCUCCCCUUCCCAGCUUGAAUAUAAUAACCUCAUGUAUGGAAGAGUAGAUGCACUCUUGUAUGUGUGUGUCUCGCUUGCAUGUGCACACACGCGCACACAGAAUAUACGUUGCACUCAAAAUGCGUCCCACACGCCUUUUGAAAUUCACGCUGAGUAUUUAACGACUUUAAGAUGUCUUCCGAGUCGUCGGCUGUUAAAUGUGUAAAAAUGGAAGAAAAAGAAAAAUCCUCAUACUUGACCAAUGUUUGGAAGUGAGAGUCACACUUUGUACUGUAAUGCUAAUAAUAUUUGUCGCCAACUCUGCUGCAGCAUAAGAGAAACUCAGCCCACAUUAGUUUAUUUGAUUGUCAUUCGUCCCUUUCACAAAGAUUGAUUUGUUUGACAAAAGUGACCAUUGAGCUGGAUUGUAUUUGAAAUUUAGACUAUAAUGAACUGGCUCUUGCACCCUGGUUUUCAUUCAUGGUAAAUCCUCAAAAUUAAUUCGACCAUCGAGGUAUCACUGCAUGUUCCACAAUUUGAACUUGGUUAGGGUUUUUUUUUUUCCCCCCCCCUCGGUGGUUAGCAUUGCUCAGGAUUUAGCGUGGCACACAGUGAUUUCACUACACAACACUUAAAUAUGAGAACAUUUAUCUGCUACUAUAGACUGUAUACAUGGUCACACGUGAUCAGUUAUUUACGGGUUUUAUUAACAAAAGAAUGAAACUUUGCGCAGAUCUGCCAAAAGAUAGAUCAGCAUCUUAUAUAUAUCUUUUUUUUUUUUUUUUAAACGUAGGUGUCCAUUAUGAAUUUCAAACCCUUAGUUUUAACAUGUAGCCUCUGCUAGAUGUAGCAAAGGCAUUUAUUUGCUUUUAAUAUUCCAUUUGUUUAGCAUUUCUCUAACAAUUUCAUGUAUCGGUUGACCUUUAUUGCAAGUCUCCCACAUGUAUUAUUAGACCGUGAAACCACCUCACCCUUUUAUUAUGCAUUUUUAAAGAAAUACAAACUAUGUAUAGCUUUUUUUUUUUCUUCUUCUUAAUUUUUGAUCAUAUUCCUCUGUAACCGAAUGGUGCACAGACAAUCGCUAUUCACAUGUCAAUAAACCUGUUGAAAAGGGCCA